AACAGCGUGGGAAAAACGUGGAUCAAGCUAUCUGAAAAUAAUUCGCGCAUAAAAACCCGCUAAAUUCGAUUGAAAAGAGCUCUACCAACUGUGAACUGUCUCGGUAUUGUGAACUGCACGCACGGCUGUACUUUGCACAGCAACAAUUAUGAAUCCGGAGGAGAUUCCCACGAGGGUGACUCGCGGUGCUUUGCGGCGCCGUUCCGUCGAUCAGGACGCAACACCACAGAAACCGGUCGCAACCGGGACUUCCGGAACACCGAAGAAAACCACAAGCACAACUAAAAAGGCCGCGGCCUUGGACGCCAUUCAGGAAAGCGAUGUCGCUAGACCCUCCACACCGGUCGGUGGAAGGAAUAAGCGACGCGGAGCAUCGGUAACGGCAGAGAGCCCGCCUUCAGCUCCGCUUAGUAAUAAGCUCCUUCAAUCGCUAAAAGACACCGAAUCGGAAGCAUCACCAGGACGCCGGUCCCGCAAUUCUUCGCUGAGCGAGGAAAAUGUUACUGCGUUUAACGCCAGCCUGGAUGCUGGUGGGAACCGUCCGCGUACUCCUGCACGCCUGAGAUCGUCUCAAGAAGUGCUUACCAGCACCCCGCAAACGGCACCCGCUGCAGUUAGACGAUCAACUCGCCGGAACAGCGUAACUUCAGAUGAUGGGUCUAUUUCGGUGCAGUCCUUGCCGGUAACCAGUGCUGCUAAGACAGCGGGUGCUGCCUUACGGGCGCUCAAGGAUGAAACUAUACUCGAGGAGGAAGGCAGUGACGAACGCGAGGGUUCCAUCUCUUCGGAAACGUCGAGCCGUGCCAACGCUCGUCGGAAUUCGUUGGCUCUUAAAGCGUCCUCGGCGAGCCCCAGGCCGGACAACGAGUCGCCCAGACGUGGUUUACAGCAUGAAGUGACGCCUACACGGGCUGCAUCAAAAUCGCCAAAUGUUGGCUCUGCGCUACGACAGCCGAAUAGCUCGACACGGCCAAAGAACGUUUCGUUUUCCGAGGCACUAAAAUCAGAUGACGAACCAACCACCUAUCCCAAGACGCCACUCACAACGGAGAAAAAAUGCUUGCUAGUUUUGAGGGAUUUACGUGAUACAUCACUAGGGGAGGGUGAUUUGAAAGUUAAUGCCGAGAUCACUGUAUCGAGCCGACAGGCGGAAAUCAUUGGGAACGUGAAUGCCAAGACCCCCCGUAAAGCUGAGCCGGUCGAAUCGAAUAAUGCUUCUGGAAGCAAGAAACCAGACUUGCCAGCAUCGUCCCCAUCAGGUGCGGCGUCUAAUAAAGUCCUUUCCGAAGCGAGUGGAAACGUAGGGAACGAAGAAACGGCCGUUCACAAUACUUCGGUGGCUGCCAGUGAGCAAACGCCGGUUACCAGUGCGAAUGAUAUUAGCGGUGUCGAUAUCAUGGAAGCAUCGAUCGUGGAUGUCACAGCGAGCCCAUUGAAAUCUGUUCCAAUGAGUGAACGACUUUCCAACUCAUGGACACAGUCUGUGCGCGGGAGUAACGCCAAGGGUAUCGAUAAGUUUGGCGAACAAAUGCAGGAAAUCGAUCAGAUGGAGUUAAAGAAGCAAGAGGAAGCGUCCAAAGCAUUGCGUUCGCCGUUGAUUAUUGCGAAGUCUGAUAAACAGCGCAAGAGCACAGAUGAUGAACAAGGUGAUGAGCAAGCGGAUGAAGAGGAAGAAGUUAUUGACGAACAAAUUAAGUGGGUAGAUGAUGAAGCGAUGGAAGUGGAUGGCUAUCAAUCCGGUGAUUCAAUGGACAGCGAGGAGCGGCGUGAGAUGGAACAGAACGAGAUUCCCAUCGAUGGUGAGGAUCUCGGUAGCGAGGACACGGAAGAGGACGACGAGCUGGAUGAAGAUAAUGACUCGUUUAUUGUUCCUGAUGAUGAAGUAGAAUCGGAAUUAGAGGAAGAGUCGGAUGUAGAAAGCGACACAGGAGAGGAAAACGAGUCCAAUGUGAGCCCUAAUGGGAAGAAUAGAUCACUGGUUUCUAAUGACCGAGAUCCACAAAAGCUGCAGAAGGAGGAUCGAGUCACUGAAACGGUAAACAGUCCGACUACUCCUAAGAGUGCGAACAGUUCAAAGAAAUCAGUGGCUACGCCUAGCCUAGGUACACCACUAAAGGAAGACUCCGCAAAAGUUUGCAAAACACCAGCUAAAGCAAAUACUCCAACCCAGAAAUCACCUGCGCUUUCUGAGAAAUUUUAUUCUCCAAGUACCGGAGUACCAGCAACGCCAGCAACAGCAAAGGAGCAAGAGAAGAAUGUCGAAAAGAACGAAUCAUUUGAGCGAUCGAUAUCACUGCAUGAGUCGGACAGCGCCGAAGAAACAUUGGAUGCGAACGAAAUAGUAGGAUUAGGAGAUGCAUCGUUAAAAGAGACAAAUGAACCAGUCAAGCCCAAAUCCCGUAAAAGUAUGCCGGCAGGAUCAAGGGUCACUGAUGGGGCAACACUCAACACGAGGCCUGCUCGCAAAAGCCUUCCGGCCCAUGUGAAACCAUCAAUUUCCGAUGCAUCGCCCGCUCGAGAAAAGGCCACUGCAUCGUCUUCUUGGAACGUUUCGGUGGAGAAGGAAGUAGUUGAAGAAUCCGAUGAUGAAGAUAUGUUCCACGAUACUGUAGAAGUAGUCAUUCCCCAUGAGGAGACAAGUCAAUCCGCCUCGCCAAAUGGUAAGUCGAACAAACUGUCCGAUCAAAUCAUCACGGACAAACAAGACAUUCCCGAUGAGCAACAGAAUAACGAGGAUGACGAGAACAGCUUUGGCGACGGCGACAAGAAGCAUGCCCGCAAAUCAAUGCCGACCGUGCCCCUUACUUCGGCCCAGUUUUACCUUGGAGGGGCAAAGAAACGUAACACGAUUGCCGAGGGCAAUACCAGGCCGAGUUCCGUACAGCCUAAGCCAACGAAGCAACAACACGUGCCCGUCGAGGAAAACAGCAAAUCGUCCAUUUCACCUUCUUCGUCCUUGGUGACUAAUCCUUUCGCUAAGGUAAAGUCUCCGAAGUCUGCAAAGUCGGGUAACCGUUUGUCGCUGGAUUCAGCGGUUUCAGCGGCGGUUGGAAAAACAGUUACAAAAAAACGAAACUCGUUGCCAGCGAACACAGAAAACGGUAAAGAGGUACAAGCGGACGGCAUGGAAGUUGAUGAGGACUUGAUCGAUGCAGAAAAAGAGGAUUCAAUAAUCGAUGCGGUUGACGAAAUCAAUAAUGAUAGCGAUGGAGUGAAUGAUGAUGUAGAGCAAGAAAAAUCUAAACCCCCGAUUAAGAAGCAGCCUCAAGCUGUUAAACCAUUGGAAGCGUUUGAUUUGGAAGCCGUGCUUUCCCGUUGUAACGAAGUGGUGCGUGCUACGAAAGAGCGCAAGAAGCAGAGCGCCUCCGCGCUACAGAAAAAGAAGGAUCAAAAGAAACGACUUCGUGAGCAAACGGUUUCCAAUCCCGUGGCAGACGAUGAGGAUGGCCAACAAGAGCAGAAACGAAACCAAACGACGACUGACGAUGAAAAUGGACAGGAUACCAAGGUGCAACAGGACCGGAGUGAUGGGGAUAGUGCCUCGAAGAAGAAAAAACGAAAGAAGAAGGUGAAGAAUUAUUUGCUGGAAGAGCUGGCAGAGGUGAAGAAAGAUCGCGUUGCUCAGGCCUUGCAACACAAGCUCGAACAGAUCGAACGCCGUAAACAGCUGAAAAAGCAGCGUCGCCAGGCGAAAAAAAUGAUGGAAAAUGAGGAAAACGGUGGCGAGAGUCCUACGAAACCGGCGGUAGGUAUCGGCGCCAAGCUGGAGAAAGUAAAACGUAAAAAACAACAGAAGGAAGCAAUACGCAAACUGCUAAAUGGGUCGACCGGAGAAGGAACCGUGGAGGAGCCACCAAAGCCCAUUUUGCGUGCUGCCGUAUCGGCCUAUGCCGCAUUACGUGUCACUGAAACAGUUCAAGUAUCGGACGCUACAAUCAUCUCGAACGGCGCCACGAGCAUUGCUGUAGAGAAGCAGAAGCAGGCUGUAUCGCAACAAAAUGGCCGUAAGGGGGAAAUGAUGGAUGCAUCAACCGUUCCAAAGAAGAGCCGGAGUGUAAAUGAUGCCACCAUCCAAGAAGAAGUCAAAUGGAAAACUGCAGCAGCCCCUGUUGUGUCGCACAGCGAUGGUCAACUGGUUGUUGGCAAGAAGGCGAAAGUGCGUGCGCAAGCGAAGGAACAGGUUCCGGAUUUGGAGGAACAGAAGAAUAACGAUUUGGUGGUCAAGUCAUCCAAAAAAUCGCAACUCCUAAAAGAGGAAGCUGCGUUGUUGGAAAAACCAGUUACAAAGAAGGAGAGGCUUAAUUCAAAAGCAAUCAAAUCACCGCCACCCACUGAUACAAUCGUUUCGAAAGCCUUGCGUGAAGUGCGAGCCACAUUCGAUCGUUCGAAAGAAGUUAAAACAAUGAAAGAGAAGAAAAAGCUAAAGAAAACCCAAAACGAAAAUGUGAAUGAAGCAAAUGCCCCGUCCGCUGUUGUAAAGCUCCCGAAACGAAAGCGAUCGCUCGAGGAUGGUGCCGUCGCCGGUCUGCUAACGCCAAAACCACCCGCAAAACAAAGCAAGCUCAAAGCGUUGCAGCGAUUGGCCAGCGACUUCGUCGAGAUUUCCGUUACGCCCGAGAAGGAACGUUUGAGGCGCAACUUUGGUUUUGAAGAGAAACAGGCUACACCCAAAGCGGUCGGAUUUAAGGUACGAUCCGUGCUGCCAACGGAAGCGGAAGAGUUACGCUCCAUGGGCGAAGGUAGUCGUAAAAUGAAGGGAAAACCAUCAGUUGCACCGGCACCAGAGCCCAAUCAUAGCCUCCCACUGCCCGUUUGGACUAGUUCUGGAUUCUUUUUUGAGCAUGAUGAUCGUCCGAAGAAAUCUAUCAAAACACCUAUUGAAUCAAAACGGGGUACUGAUAAGGCGAACAAUUACAUACCUGUAAAAGAGCACCGUGGCUUCAAACUGAAAACGUUGCGACAGGGAGCUACCAAGGGUGCGGCACCAAACCCUAACCGAGUUGAUGCAACCACCGUCAGCAAUUCAAUUCUCAGCUUCAAACGACAACAGCUGCUGGAACGCACGACGCAUUUGCGCGAGAAGAAGGCGAAGUGAGCGAGAGCAUGUGGGCACAUAAUUUUCAAAGAUUGUGUUCUACAUAUUCUAGAAAUUUAGAUUUUGUCUUUUCCUUUAAACGUUUGUAACGUCAUAAUGAGGUUUCAGUGAACUUCAAUUACUACUUUAUUCCACUAAUUGUUUUUUUUCACUGUUAAUAAUCCUAAAAUAAAGCAUUAUGC